AUGACAGAUCCUUCAGUGGUAGAUCACAUGGCUCAACUGAAACUCAAGCUCCUAGAAAAGAAACUUGAAAAUGAGCGUGAGAACCUAGAGAGGCUGGAUUCACCCCUGCCAACAGCGAGGAACAGACGUGAGGAUAUCCUUCAAAAUGCCCUAAGACGAAGGAAAGAUCUCCUGCAGGAGCUUAGGGAGCAUCACCUUUUGGAAGAACUGUCACAGCCACCUGCGCCAGCUGGAGGAUACUGCAAGAACAACAGAACCGAUCCCCAGAGCCUGAUCUACCAGUUGCCUUUUCCAGCUUCCCGAGUAGAGCCACCAAGGGUCAUCCAGCAGACAAUGCCUCCACAACCGGCUACUAUCAUCCAGCAGUUACCUCAGCAGCCCCCACUAAUAACGCAGAUCCCUCCUCCCCAGCCUUUUGCAGCCCCUCACUCUGGAAGCAUCAAGGAAGAUAUGGUGGAGAUGAUGCUAAUGCAGAAUGCUCAGAUGCACCAGAUCAUCAUGCAGAACAUGAUGCUGAAAGCUCUGCCACCGAUGGCAUUUGCGCAGGCUGCUGGACCCAGCUCUCUCUUGCUUCAGCAAGCUCAGCAGGAUUCACCGCUUGCUGCUCCUGUGCUUGUGAAAGCAGAAAGGCCCAGGCCGUCCGCCGUGCACCACCACCACCACUACCCUCCCCCGGGAGUGCUGCCCGCCCUGGGCUACUCUGUGUGGCCCCCAGCAGCACAGGCCGGGCUCGUGAGCCAGAGUGGAGGAUUCCCAUCCAUGGUGCAUCCCGUGCCUGGAAGCGUGCUCCCUGCUGUGCACACGUGA